AUGUUGAGAAACUUGUUGAUUUUCUCGAUUUUCUUGGUUGUUUUGGUAUUUUCAACUGAAAUUGAUUUGGAAAAUCAGAAAAAUCAGGAUUCAAAACUAGAAGAAUUGGGAUCAGGACCUGAAGAAGGUCAAGCUGAAGUUGAAGAAGGUGUCACUGGAAAUCAAGAAGAGAAUCCCGAAUCUUCUCUCGAUUUAUUGAUUCGUGCCAAAAGAUAUUAUGGUUGUGGAUGUUGUGGUUGUGGUGUAACUGCAGUUGCUGUUACUGGUGUUUAUGGAUGUGGAUGUGGAUGUUGUGGAUAA